AUGGCCGAUCACUUGCUUGUUUGUAGAUGUUUUCUAGUUGUUUUUGUAUUUUACUGUUCUUUUAGACUCUCCUAUGGUGUAUUAUAUUCAUCCGCCGACCAUAUAGUGCUUUUAGAAAACGAUACAAUCUCCAGUGUAAUUCAUAAUAGUCAGUCGGCUUGGAUCGUCGAGUUUUACUCUAGUUUUUGCGGACAUUGUCAUGCUUUUGCUCCGACAUGGAAAACGCUAGCAAGGAUGGCGAAAGGUAAGGAAAGUUAAGUAAGAUAUCUUCAGGGGUAUUUUGAAAAGAAGGAAUAGGAAAGAGAGGAAACGACGUCAGGAAAAACGAAAGGGGACUACAUCUGCUCGAUGGCCGGUUCUUUGUUUAAAUGUAACAUUUAUUUUUAAUGAAGCAGUAUGUAGCAUAGCUACAAAGUGGCCAGUGCUUUAUAUCUUAUUUAUCUAGGAUUUUUUAUUUCUUUGUUAAGCCAGGAAAAUUAAAAUUUUUCUGUGUCGUGGUGGGUUGAAACGAUCUAUAUUUAGUCUUGUAACGUCAGAUAGGUCGUGUUCCUUUUUCGUUUUUACCACAUCAAUUAAUCAUAACAUGAGAGACGAAGAGAGCAAUAUGAAGCGGAACAAUUAAAAUGUCAUCAAGAUUCGUGUGUCUUGACAUGCUUUGCUUAGCUGUGUUAUGGAGAUUUAAACUCUGAACCCAUGGUUCAAUAGUGGCAAGCAGUGGCUGACGUGUAAAUGUCGCAACCAGGAUGUAAACAAAAAAUUGCCGAGCGUGAAAUCGAGUAGAAACACCUGGUUUUUGUAACGAUCACAUUUCUUCCGCAUCUAAUUUAGCGCUUAAUCUUGAGCUGUCGUUUUUUGUUGUUGAUUAUCUAGCCAUUCUUUUUUCCCUUUUUCUUUGAUUCUGAUAAUCAACUCAGCUAAGCUACAUAGAAUUAAAGCAGAAUGUGUUGAUAAUUAGUAACACAGUACAGUAGUCCUCUUUUAAUGAUUAGAUUAAAAAAUUAGGCAUUCCAAAUGGAUCAAUAAUGUGGUUAUAAGAAUUUUUGUGGUGCAGUAACCUAAACGCAAAAUGUAAUUUUAGGGUAAAUUGUGUUAGAACUGACUUGAAUAUCUUUUGACCAUGAACUGAAUUGAAUAUCUUUUGACCAUGAAACCACUAGAAUGCACCACAAGCCACAAGCCACAAGAUCUUGAAAGAGGAGUGGGAAGGGGGAAUUUUUAAUCAGCUUGUUCUCUUCUCUCCCUCUCCUCAUGGUGCCUAAUAUUUUAAUUUUUUUGGGAGAGAGGUGGGAUGAAUAAUGGUUUCAUGUUUUUUAUUUCCUCGGCUGAUUCAGUGUAAAAAUAAUAUCCAGGAAAUGCAUGACUUAUCCUCCUGGCUUCCAUUUGUUUUUCACUGGGUUUUAUUUUUCUCCUCUUUCUUAGCUGCACUCCAUCCUGUCCCACCUUACAUGCGUACAUGUACCAUGAAUUUGUUUCGUCUUUCUCUAUUUGCAACUUGUUACACCUUUACCGUUACAAAAAUGAUUCUGAGUUUAAGUGUUAUGUCUGAAUUAUAGCAUCUGGUUAUCCACAAGAAAGAUCAGGGAAACUUGAAUAAGCCCACAAGCUGUGAGGUGUUACUUUUGAAUGGUGUAACUUGAGAUACCUAUGUAACAGCCAAUGAGAAGUUGAAGUUUUGGCUUCAGUGUUGUACCUGAAUGAAUUAAAAAAGUUAUAUAGUCUAAUAAGAAUGUGAAAAACUGUGGGCGGGACUGUAAGGAGUGAGAAUUUAAAAUAUAGAUAAUAAUAUUGGUAUUUGAAUGACAAGAAUGGCUCAUCAGAAACUUUUCCUGAAGCACUAAAAUGUGCAAGGCUCUACUGUUUUUCGUUUGAUAAAAUAAGCAUGCAGAUUUAGUUUCCAUGUUCAAAAUUAAAGUCAGAAGGCAUUGUGUACUGUAGCGGAAAAAUGUAGGUGGGGAUACACUGCCUAAAUAUUUAUUGCCUUCAUUUACCAUUUGACUUAUGGUCUGUCUGUUUAUGGUGCCAUAGACUCAGAUCUCAGGGUCAUACAAAAUUUCCUAGAUGGACGCCUUAAAAGGAAAUUAUAUACAUCUAAGGGAACAGACAUUAGAGACCUCUUAGAAAAGGCAAUAUAUGCUUAUUGCCCACAAAUAAAUUCUGAUAGAUUCAAGAAUGUACGGUCUAAUAUUUAUGUACACUAUAUUACUGACAUAUGUUUCUUUUAUCUUAGAAGGGAUAAAGAUUAUUAUUAAAUUUAUUAUUAUUGUUAUUAUUAUUAUUUUAGAUUCAGAUAUUAUAAUCAGAAAUUGAAGCUUCUGUAUGAUGAGUUAACACCAAAUUUAUUGUAGGUGGGGUAGAUGGUUGAAAUAUUACUUCAAGGUAGACAUCACUGGCAUAGCCCUAGCUAAAAGACCUGGCCCAGGGUGUUCAAAUGUUGGAUAUCGCUAUCCACAGGAUAAAUCACUAUCUAGUGUAUAAGUAUUAGGGAGACCAGUUGCGCUAUCCACUGGAUAAAGAUUUAUCCAGUGGAAAGUGGCAUCCAUUGUUUGAAUAACUCAGGCCCGGGUGCCAGUUUUUCAAAAGGUGAAUGGCACCAUCUAGGUGUAAGUUAAGAUAAGAUAAGAAUCUAUAUUUAAGUGUCAGAGUAUUUAAUUUAGCCCAAAGGGACUAGUGGGGACAGUAAAUAGACUAUACUAUUAAGAAAAAAUGCUAAAAAUGAGUAUUUGCAAUAAAAUCUACACCCUCAAUAAAAUACAACAGAAAGUAGAUCAUUAUGAUACUGUGAUACUUAAUGUUAAAAAAAAAUAAUAAUAAAAUAAAAGUAAAUUAUUGUCUGUUCACAGCAGAGUUUACAACAGUUACUAUUAUUAGAAAUAUACUCAGAAAAGUUCAGUAUUUUUCUAAUUUUGUUCCUAAAACUGGAAAGUACCACAGUACUGAAAAAAUUGUUUGUUAUAGGAGGGUCUUUGUUAUCAAAACAGGAUUUCACUUACCCAGAAGAUGAAGAUGUUGAGAAUAGUGUAGUUUGCCUUCCUAGAGCACUUCAUUGCAUGGCCGGUUGUAUGUUAUUUUUUUAUUAUUAUUUUCUAUGCACUCCAAAUAGCUCUGAUUGAAAUUCAUUUAUUUCAGACUGGAGAAAGCUCAUACACGUUGGCGCUAUUGACUGUGCUGAAGAGCGUAAUCUCCAGACAUGUAUAAAUUAUGAAAUAGAAGGUUAUCCUACAGUAAAGGUGAGAGCAACUUGGCAACAUUUUUUUUUAGAAAAGAACAUUUUCAGACAUGUCAUCUUUCAAAUUUAACCUCAUUAGAUCUUAAUUCAGUCAGUUGAGUUUCCCACAGUUAUUUGAGUGAUUUUACUUAACCCAUGAUUAAUUCCAUUGAUACCCAUGAUUAAUUCCAUUCCAUAAUUAACCCAUCAUAAUUCCAUUGUCUUCUUUUGUUUACUUGGUCUUGUAGCUAUUUUGCAUUGGUAAUGUUAUUAUCAAAAGUGCAUGGAUUUUCCAAGCUUGUCUAGCGUCUCCAGUUUAAUCUAUCAAUCAUGCAUCAAUUAACUUUGGGAGUGGGAGAACAUAAUCUGUUUCUGUAAUAAAAUUAAUAUUAGUAUUAGUGUAAAAUAUGGACUGUGGACUGCAGACUGCGGACCAGAGACUGCAGACUGGGUAUAAAACACGGACUAGGUAUAAAACGCACUACUGACCUCACCAAAACUUUCAGCUCUUAAGCUUUUUAGCUCACCCCAACAAUGCAGAGAGUGGGCAAACCAAACAUUUGAUGGCCUAGGCUGGCUACGCCCCAUAAGUUAUGAUUACCCCUAUGUAAACAUGUCCAUCACGUUUGUGACCCCUUUCAUUGAAUAUAAGAGACUGAGGCUACAAUUAUGGACAAAAGUCCUUGGGACAGUCAGAACGCAACUUCAAUUCUAUGCGUUUCACAAGUUCUGUCGCAAAAAGCAGUGCAGUCUUUUUACAAAUCCAUGUCCCCUUCCCCCUUCCCCACCCAAUACAAUGUUGAAAGAUCAAAGGAAUUGUGCCUUGACGGCUUCAACACUGUCUGUGGGGUGGGGGAGGGGGUAGGGACGUACAGUGCUAGUAGUGCGCGGAUACAAUUUCGCGCGUGUUAAAAAGCGUUCGAACUAUACAAGUGUCCCAAGGCUUUUGUCCAUGAUUGUAGGUCUGAAAAUGGGUGAACAAAAUAGCAUUUUGGUCAGGUUCAGAAGGACACCUGAUUGCAGGUUAAGGAUUUGGAGAACCAGGCAGUACCCCUCCACCAAGAAUUUCAAGGAGUUUUCAUAACUUAAACUCACCAGCCCUGCGAUUUAGUGAUAUUUUGAUCUUAUUUUUCCUAGAACUAAUUAGCACAGUUUUUACCAUGUUUUAUACCCAGUCCGUAUUUUCCAGUCUGCGUUUUAUACCUGGUCUGUAUUUUAUACCCAGUCGGUAGUCCACAGUCAACAGUCCGUGUUUUAUACUGAGCAAUAUUAGUAUUGGCUCAGUCACUAGAUCUCUACUAUCUAGCUCAUUAUGCUGGGAAAGCAAUUUUUACAUGGUCACUUGCCCAGGGACAAGUUUGGUCUGUAAAACGCCCAGACAUCUCUUAUGAGAGGCUUUUAAGAUUCCUUCUGCAACCCUAGAAAUAAUAGUUAAAUUACUCCAAUGAUAAUUUACUUGAAGUAAUUCUAAAAAUGAGUCAUUAAUAUAUUGGCAUACUGGAUGAAGAUAAAAAUGUACUUUACUGCUAAAGCAGCUAAGAGCAAAUGAGUCUCCUUCGCAGCCACUUGGGGGUGCAGUCACUCAAUACUUUCUGGACAGGGAGUGUUACAAGACUCUGGCCAUCGCAGCUAUGAAGGAAACUAGAGAAGUGUGGACUGUUGUUGAAUACAUCGUGAAAAAACAUUUAUAGUUGCAUGGCUACCUUUCCUUUAAGUAAAAGACAUACAUGUGCCAACAUUUUUAUUUAAAAAUGUUUACUUUUGAAAGCUGCACUCUUCAAGUAUAUUAAAAUGCCUCAAAGCAAUAGCAUUGUCACAUGAAAAAGAAAAUGAGAAAAACAAAAUUAAGGCUGCCUUGCACAUACAGUUGACUCCCAAUAAUUCGAACCUUAAAGAGAAAGAGAAAAUAGUUUGAGUUACCGGGAGUUCAGGUUAUUGAGGGCAGAGUUAUAUAGAAAGUGAUCUGAAAGGAAAUGUAAAUUGCAUCAAGUUAGCAGGAGGUUCGAGUUAUAGAGGGUUAGAUUUACCAGGAUUUGACUGUACAUCUCUUUGGAAAUCUGCAUUUUUUUAGGCAAAAAUACAACUGUAAAUAAUUAUUUACAGUAUGGGCAUUUUCUUGACCAUCGUCUGAAGAUUAAUUUUGACAAAACCUGUCCCUGGGCAAAUGGCCAUGUAAAUUUAUAGUGCUUUCCCAGCAUAAUGAGUUAAAUGGUAGAGGUCUAGUGACUGAACCAACAUUAAUAUUAAUUAUUGUUACAUUUUUUUCUUUCAAACAGUUUUUCAAUGCAUCUUCUUCAAGUUCUAAUUUAGGUGAAAAAUUUCCAGGUAUGCUGUUUUCAGAAGUCUUACAUGUACACAUGUUUUCUAUUUCUUGUUUGCUGCCAUGUAAUGUUCUAUUAUUUUAUCAUGUAGUCACCAAUGAAAUGCCAAACCAUUUCACUUGAAUAAUUUUUUUUGCUGCGAAAGGACAUGAUUUAUUAUGUAGCCAUAGCAACAGUGACCUUUCCACAUGUGAAGAUAUCAUGCUUUCAUGCAUGAAAGCUCACCUUGUAUUUCAUUGGUGUUUAUAUAAUAGAUGUUGUUAUUCAAUCAACCAGGAGAGAAGACUUUAUUAAACCUUCUUCAUAAAAUGGUCAAGGUUGCUGAACUACAGAAAAACCUUGGCUUGGUGCGUGCAGAUGUGGAUUUUAUACCAGUAGGGUAAGAGGGUUUUUCUGCAGAGUCAAUUUUUUAGUUUAAAAAAUAUUUAGAGAGAAUUUUGUUACUCUCAGUUCACAAACUCAAACAGACAUUAAAUUAUUAAUCAAUUGGUUUGAAGAUAGUCGCAUGGUAUAAUUAUAAAAUAAUAUUUUAUAGUAUUAAUAUGAUGAGGCUCUGUUAACAUGGCCUUGAAACAGCAACAUAAGACUAGACAGACUAGAUAAAAUGGUGACAGAUGACAUAAAGAUGGGAGAUGGCCCAAUCCUCAAAACAUGAAACAACAAUAUGCCAUGGUUGCAAAAUUAAAUUAAUUAUUUCACUCUGACUCAGAAACGAAACAGUAGCUCAUAGCACAUAGCUAUCGCUUGACAAUGCAAAUUGCCUUCUCUGUCAAGAAAAAUUGUUGAGAUUCAGAAAUUUUGCUACAAUGGUAACAUGACGCCACACUUCUCCUUUUUAUUGAACAAGCAAAAGUUACUUUUUACCAUCUUCAUUAUUGCAUACUUUUCCAGUACUUGAAAUUACCCCUUUAAUGUAGGUUGUUGAACGUGGACAUUGUAACACUAACACCUGACAUUUCCAUUUAUCUUUUUGUUUAGGAAAGAGUUUGUCUCUAGUUUUAUAGAAGGCAGAAGUCGCAGAACAUCAGAAAAUUAUGAUGAGUUAGCACUAAUUUUCGAGGUACCAACGUCAUACAUUGGCCGUGAGGUAAGUUGAAGAUGCUUGUGUCAGGCAUAACACAUAUAGUUUACAUGUUCUGACUGCUAAAGCCCUGGCUAAACGAUCAGAAAUUCUUGUCCAACAUCAUAUUCGUCAUGCAUAGAACAUGGGUGACUAAGUGGAAACGUUGUUUGGGAUGCAAAAUGUUGGAUGAAAUCAAAGAUUAAAAUCCAUUAAUUGAAAUGCAAUGUUUGGAGUCGGAGAGGCGACUAAACGGUAAACAAUACACUUUCAACAUGACUUGUAUAAUUUAGCCUUGUAACCCUGCUAAUAUCUGCUUGCAUGUUCUAUUUGCUGUUUUACAUGUACAUACAUUUCUGAAGUCAUUAACAAAUUUAUCCGCUCCUGAGAUUUUGCUAUAAAACGCCAUGUGAAGCAACAUUAGUCGAGCCAUUUAGUCGAGCCAAAAAGAAGCAAAAUGACCCAAAAAGUUGUUUACAAGUUGCCAAAUGACAGCUUUCUAAGGAAGCUUUUCAUUUGUUAGAACUGGUUGGCCAAUCCAGUCUAGCUGUAAGGAGAAUUCCACUAUUAAUCAGGACUAUUCAGUCAUAUCAGUCUAUUCUUGAAUAGUAUGUUUGGUAGUGGUGGGUUUAAGGGAAAAUUUCGAGAGAAUACUACCAUUUUACUUUCAAAAUGACUGGUCCCGGUGGCUGGCCAGUCGUGACUUUUAGUAAGCGCCCUUAUUUUGGGCAUGCGCAUGAUGUCACAAGAAGCUGGUAAACUGGUGGUUGUGUGGUUGUCUCGUCACGCAGCGCUUCUCCCAAACAAAGGUGGAGCGUUGCGUGACUAGACUAUAAGAAGGAGACUCCAAUGGUUGUAAGCAGCCCAGGGACGGGGGAAACUCCGGAUUUCAAGUGACAGUGAUGAUCGAAGGAUUUUUUGGGGUUUGAAAUUUUCAAUUUUGGUUAGGAAAAUUUCCGCAAGUGUUUUUCGGGUAGCUUGAUUUAAGAAGGGACUUUUUUGGGUAUUCUAAAAGUCUGAAGAUUCGUGAUAAUUCCCGCGUAUCCCGGCUGCGUAGUUCCUCUGGAAAUUUUUAUGGCUCGGAAAUUCUGCAUGGGAAUUUUUGGGGGUUUGAUUUUUGCCUCCAUUUGAUCAUCCCUGUCACUUGAAAUCCGGAGUAACCCCCCGGGGUGAGCAGUUGAGGUGUGUAUCAUUGUUACUAAAAACUUGUUAAAAAUGAGAACAUUUUUCAUUUAGUAAACAUUAUUUAUCAACUUUUUCAGGUCAUCUUAGAUUUUAUGCAAUGCCCUCGCUUGGGAGUCAGAAGAGUAUUAAAUAAAAAUGUAAGUACCACUUGAUUCCAUUUACUUAACAGAAAAUAAACUUGCGUUGUGUUCGUUAAAAGGAUCUAUUCACAGAAAAAUGAAGAUUCCCUAGUACACUACUUUAGUAAAAAGUGACAUGACCAUGCUACACAUUGUGGAAUGAACGAUACACUAGACUCAAUCUAAGACUCAGUCAGCCACGCUUGAUAAUCUAGGACUGGAACCUCAUUAGCUUGUUUAACGAUUUUUGUUGGUGAUCUUUUAUUUACAUGAAAGCUUGUCUAACGGUAGAUACUGUUUUUGUUCUUACAUAUUAGAAAGAUCUUGUGGAAAAAUAUGCAGUAAAGAAGUUUCCAUCCCUUGUUCUGGUGCACAGAAAAGGCACAUUUCGGCAUCUUUCACAGUACGUUUAUUUCUUUUACAUUGUGGUGGUGUGUUUCAAAUGAUCCGAAGACGGCGACGACAAAGACGGCGCUUCAAAAGUGAACUUGCGUUCUUUCAGUCUUCAUCGCUAUUAUUCUAAUUCACUUGCUUCAUUAAACGUAGGCGAAGUUCCCCUAGAGUUGAAUCAUAAGGUCAGGAAUAGAAAAAAAAUUCUUCGUUGUUUGUUUUUCGUCCUCCAUAGAACGUGAAGUUGAAUAUUUUCACGUCGUAGUCGUGCAGUGACAGGAACAAAAUCUAGCCAGAAGUGUACCGCACCUGCUAAGUUGUUUUGCUUAUUAAACCAAUUUUUUUUUUUUUUACGUUCUCGUUGCUGUCCCCAUCGUCUGAUCUUAAGGUCCCUAUCUUGUCUACUAGCAGUUACUAGGGAAAAGUUAAAAGUGAUUUUGUCUUGUUAAUGCUUUACAGUGAUGAAAAAACUCACGCAGGUUUUAAGACUGCUCUGGAUGAGGUUUGUCAGGUAGUUAGGCCCUUCCCUGAACUGUCAGCUGUCAAGGAUGCUAUGGAUGUGUACAAAAAACGUCACGGCAAAGAGGAUCAGAGAAAACAACAGGCUGGAAGCAGGUCAGUCAGUCUGUUAGUCAAGACAAGACAAGGCAGUAUUUCUGAUUUGGAGUCUUAUACCAGCUGUAGCCUCCGUAGUAAGCGCUUCCGUGCGGUUUCGGGGCAAAGUGGAAGAGGGAGGAACGGGAUUUUUGCUUUUGGCCGUGCAUAAAAUGGAUCGAGAACCAAAAAAUGGAAAAGGGAGAAGGUGGGGAAAGAAAAAAACGAUUCUUUCCUUUCACCCCCCCCCCCCCCCCCCCCCCUACCCCAUCUUUUACUCCACCCAUUUUUCCCGGGUCUUUCUUGCUCCGGAACCACACGGAAACGAUUGUUGCGCAGGCUAUACCAGCUGUUACAUCGACGUUUUCCAAAUAAUUCAAAAUUGCAACUAUAGUUUUAAUCACACGGCGACAGGUGAUAUAGAGAUGAUUAAACAGUUAUACAGCAUUACUUUUUCUAUUUCUUUUCUUUUCUAUGCCGAAGUAUUCAAACACAUGCUUUGCUUAUAAUUUUUGGACUUUGGCCCUUGCGCUGGAGGAAUUUGUUAGAAUAUUUCAUUUGGUUACGUUCUGUUCACCCUUAUUGGUCAUGGCUUCUGUGGCGGGGUCCGGUGGGAGUGUGCACUCAAAAUACGUGCACAUGAACGUGCCCCCUCUCCCCAACUAGGUCACGAUCUUAGUACUGUUAAUUUGUUGUGGUUCAUUAUUGCCUUUGUCAGUUUAAAUUUAUCUCACCUUACCAGCUUACUGUGCAAACAAACCAAGAAAAGUACUGUAAUAUUUGACCCAGGGAUGAAACCAACUAAACCAUAACAUUUCCAUAUUCGAGACUUUUCCUAGAACGAGGUGUAUUUAAAAAAAAAGGCACGAAAGCAUUGCAGUGUCAGCGGAUAAAUGAAUAUCUAUACUGUGCUGUCAGGCCCUUGCCAAACUAGCCAACUCGAUUGCAGACCCAAUAAUUUUUAUAGCAACACGAUAAAGGAAUUUGACAAACGUCGACUUUGUUUUUUUCUGGAGCGACAUCUUAUUGAUUCAAGAUAAACACAUUCUGUCUUUGUAGAAUAUGUAAAUAUUUAGGUCUACCCCCAUGUUUGUAUUAUCGAGCAUGCACUCUGACUGUUCUGAGGAUUAGAGCACAAAUGUGUGCACGAGUUAUCAGUGGUGUGUGGUGGUGGUUGAAUCCCGGUGGAAAUCGAAACACCCUGGGUUAAGUCCGUAAAGACACUACAAUAUUUUUUCCGGACUAAACAGAACCUUAGAACUUUGACUAUUUCUAUUAUGGGAUCACUUUCAAUGUAAAAUAUUUUUAAAACGGGGUCCAACGUUGAAGGCCCUGGUAGUACAAACCAACCCGUGCCCCCGCUCCCCAUCCCACCACCACCACCACCACCACCACCACCACCCCUCUUUCUAACUAACAUACAUCUUGUCUCUUACUGUAUCUAUCCUCACCAGCUCUGAGGUGUACAUGCAAGACUUGGAAAGUGGCCUGUCGUACAUGUUUAACGUUGAAGUUGGAAGCAAAUUAAUUUUCCAUAAAGUCGAGCUAACAGCUCUCCAGAGCUUUGUGGCCAUGCUUGGAAAGGUGAGUAUGACAGUUGUUGAGAUGUGAUACUUCACGUAACCUCUAUCAUGGCCUCAAGUGUCACACUUGACGCCGUGAUAGAGGUUGAGUGAGUGGAUAUUGUUGGUUUAACCCGCCUACUGCACGAUGGAGUAGGCGGGUUCUGUGGUUACCUUCAUGGUAACCAAUGAAAAAGACUUCUGUUCAGCAUUUUAGAAUAACAACAAGCGAUAGGACAGGGCUAGAAGCUUUCACCGACUGUAAGUAAAUGUCACGAGAACAACAGCCAUGUCUCCGGAUAGCCGUCUUAUGGUUGGCUCAACUGUUUAACAGUUUAAAAAAACUUCUAUGAUACUCUCAAUUUUAUUUUUAAACGGAGAAGAGGAGUUGUUUUGGCCAUUACUUCGAAAGCCGUCACGGCGUUUUUACUGACCGGUUUACUUUUAGAACGAUACUUGGCGCAAAUUUAUAACAUCUUUUAGGCCCCACAGAUAGUCAGCAAAACUACAGACCUGAAAAUGGUAUUAUUGUCCUUUGAUGACGUUUAAUUUUUCGUCAUUUCAUUUCUUAUACUUUGGACGCGCGCGCUCAUAGACGGAGCGGAGCUUCCACUUUCGCGGGAAAAAAAUGCUCUAAAAUGUACCUGAAAUAAAGCAGUCCGUGAAAGCGACGUGACAUAGGCAUAGUAUGGGAGUUGCUCGCUUCGGUUCAUGGGCUCCUUCAACAGUGUGAUACAGGUGGAUGGGUGUGAAAAGACAAAAUAACAACUUGCUGUCUCUUUAUCAUUUGGAGAAAGAGCCGUCGUUGGGAAAAGCUGGAUUAAAUCAUAAUUUUCUGACCUGUGUUACCAAUUGGUAUUUUUGCAGUGUUUUCCUGGUAGACCGAGUCUUCGCGAAGUAUUCAGCAAGUUGAGUGUGAAACUAAUACCUCAGCCACGGAAGACAAUGCUGAGAUCGGAGUACUUGUACCAUCUGAAGGACGCUCAGGUAUGGUAUGAGUUGUCUAGUUAAUAUAGGACUUCACGCGAAAAAAUUGUUUUCUUGCUCUGGCAACAUACCCUUGUUAAAAAAAGUACGGAGCUAAAAUAAAAUGAUAUGAAAGUGAAUGACUGGUCGCGUGAUUUACGGUCUCACCUGGCCAACAGCUAGAUGGAACACUCGAAUAAUGAAGACAUUUUUGAGAUAACGUUGAAAUAUUUCUGUUAAAGUUACUUUUAUUCUCUUAAUUCAUAAUUUGACAUUAUCCUGUGUGAUUGAACUGUUUAGGAUGGAAUUUUGUUCAAGAGACUUUUUCCAUUUUCACAGAGAGUUAAUCGCCAUUCUAAAUAUUAGCAACUAAUCCUGUUCGCUUGUAAACAUGUUGCAUUUUCCCCUGCGCUUGAAACCAAUUUCGUGUAGCCUCUUUUCUUCUUUUGAUUUGCUCAUUUGCGUUUUUUCUAUGGUACUGAUAGUUGUAAAUUUCAGAGAGAUGAGAAAGUAACUCAAAAGUUUAGUGUAUAUUAGGACAGUCAGAUAUUAACCCUUUAGGUCUCGAGAGGUACCAAAAUCAAUUUUCUCCUAAUGAUAUCCAUACAUGGACAAGAGAUUAGGUUAUGAGAAUUAAUAAAAUGAUCACCUAAGAGAAAAUGCCUUGUUUGUUUAUCAAAUUCCCGCAAACAUUCUUAAAGGGAAUGCGUGGAUAUCAGUUUGGAGAAUUUGUUUGUGGAUAUUGGGACUUACGGGGGAAACAAAAAUUAUGCAACUUGUCUUACAACUUUGCUGCAAAACGAGUUAAAUAAAGAUGUUACGCGUUUUACCACCCACAUCAAACCUGUCUUGCAAUAAAUCAGGUUGUUAACAGGUUUGAACGUGGGUUGUGAAACGCGCAAAAUCGCUAUUCGACUCGUUUUACAGCGUUGUUGCAAAACAAAGUUGUACGUUGUUUCUUGUUGCCCGUUUUACCGAAGCUUUAGGGAGUUUAAACACUGACGGCGACGGCAUCGAGAACGGCAAAAAAACCAACAACUUUGAGAAUGAGAACGGCAUCGAAAACCGAUAACAAAACCAACAACUUUGCACGUGCGUCACACUUUUUUGUAAAUUUGUUUGUCGUUGUUACACAUAAAACUUCAUAGUUUCACGUUUUAACUUAGGUACAGUCCUUUAGAGUCAACUCCAGAAAAUUUUCUCAACAUUAAACAAAUUACGAAUCAAAAAAAAAAAAAUUAGACUGUCUGAUUUACGAAAUGCUUUUUAUUAAGGAGAAGAAACCAAGCUUUAACACACAAUGAGAUUCUAUCCGGGCAAAACUGUUUGUUUAACAUAUUUUCUUUUAGACCUGCAAACAUGGUACUUUUGUUCUCUAGUUUAUUUAGGUCAGGUUUUAGUUUUUAUCUUUGUGACUUGAUAAUGAUGUCAUGGCGACAUCGAAACGUUGUGUUAAACUUUUUUCGCUUAUCUUUAUUCUUAAGUAUUAAACAAAUUCUAUGAAAUGAAACAUGAUAAAUUUGAAAUAGCGUGAAUUCGCUUUUGAAGUGAUGUUUCGCUGCCGUUGCCCGUCGUUGCUUGAACUCCUAUUAUAUGCUAGUGCAAACGUUUCUUAAAACAUCGUUAACGCCAAGGUAUUCAUUUUUGUUUGUUUUUAGAUGCAUUUCAAGUCAAGUCAGUCAAAUGACGGUUUUCAUUCUCCUCUACCCAGUAAGGCAAAGUGGGCGGCCUGUGCGGGAAGCCAGCCUAAAUAUCGUGGUUACCCGUGCAGUCUGUGGACUCUGUUUCAUACCUUGACUGUCAACUGCGGAAGUAGCAGUGGUUUGACGGGACUAGAUGUCCUUUUACGAAUCCAAGAUUACAUCAAAUACUUCUUUAGCUGCGACUACUGCAGAAAGCAUUUCAUGGCUAUGUCUAAGAAUCUCAAAACAGAGGUGGAUUCACACAACAGCGCGAUUAUGUGGAUGUGGAGCAGACACAAUAAGGUGAACAAACGUCUGGCUGGUGACAACAGUGAAGAUCCAAAACAUCCUAAGAUCCAGUUUCCGUCGAAAGAUCUCUGCGAAGAAUGUCGCCUCCCUGGUACCAGCACUGGCGACGAGAUUCACUGGAAUGAAGGCGUGGUUCUGGAGUUCUUGAAGAACCACUACGGUGUGAACAACAUUAGGAUCAAGAAACCUCCCGCGCGCUCCUCUCCUGAACUGGAAGACACUGACAUUGUAAGCAAGCGUCACUUUAUCUCUCAUCUUAGCGCUAUCGGCCUGAGUUCGAUUGACGCCAGCAUGUGUCUAAUUCUUUAUUCCGCGAUAGCUCUCGCUGUCAUCGCCUUGUAUAUUUAUUUCAUCCGAAGGCGGCGGAGAGCAAUUAAGGUUCGCGUGCACGCUCCAUAGGUAAUCUGAUUCUGGAAUAGUUUCAGAUUAGCUUCGCACGCAUAAAGCCCCCUCCUAGAUCUAAAGUCAACCUGCGAUAUGGACUGUGACAUUUGAAGAUUUUGCAUGAUGUGGCUGAAAAAUUGCGGGGUAAAUUACUGGAAAUUUGGCUUUAUAUAGUCGGGCGUACGAGAUGUCACCUUCUUAGUCUUGUGGUUGACUUAAAAAUCCCAGUUGAACCUUUAAGCAUUUGCGCUAGGAAACGCGGUUUAAACGAAGUUGCUUUUAAAUUGUUUAAAUUUGUUCUACAUUAGAGAAUAUUAUUUAUUAUUUGUGCCUUAAAUCAGGCAGAACAGUUCAUUAUUAUAAUGUUCAGAUUAGCUGUUCAUACAACAGUUGUCAUACUUAAGACUUACACCGCUCCUGAUUGUUAAAGGAUGCUUAUAAAUCAGAUCCCGAUUUAUUUUUACAACCACAGAAGUAGUCUCUAAGUAACUUUGUGGCAAGUUUUAACAGAGCAGUUUAUAAUGUUAUGAUAACGUGAAGACAAAUUUCUUAAUCGAAUACUUAAACUUGUAAAUAAUGAUAAGUUUUAAGAUGAAUUUUAGUUUGAAAUCUAUUUUCGUAGAUAUUUAUAUAGCAGCGUCUAUUGAUCAUCGCCUUAUGAAGGUAAUUUAAUCGACCCUCGCAUUGAAAAUUCACGUUCAAGAUCGCGGGUAGAAUGGAUAAUCGACAAUUUCUCCAAGGGAUUGGAAUCCGGAACCAUUUCGAAACACUAGCGAUUGGGAAGGUUCCCCUAACACACCGAGAGACGAUCAAGAAUAACUUAGCUUAUCACCCUUGUAGGUCUCACUGCACCUGAGGCAAUCUUUCUAAGUUAUUGAUAUCGACAUGGCGAAAAUUUAAAAAAAAAAAAAGUUUUGAUGUAAUGACCGUGCGUUGUUUUAAAGAGAGUUGAAUUCCUCGUUUUCUAAAAUUGUGUUUUAAGUCUUACGAUGUUGUCAUUUUCGACGGAAAGAUUUUGAUUGAGCGCCACAUGUCGUUUUUGUUGUUAUGGAAUAUCUGAUAACAGCAUCUGAAAGACCUUGUCACCGAGAUCUCAAACGUAAAGAAACUAACUAAUUUUGUAUCAAUGUCCUCUAAGAUUUACGUUUUGUUAAUAAAAUAACUUAGGGGGAUUUCCUAGGGCCUAUAUUGGGAAUAAGCUCUGUGAACCUGCGAGCAAGCUCCUCAUUUGGGGGAGUCGCGAGAAGCCACGCGAGAUCAGAGUAGCACGCGAAAGUGUAAAAUGGAGACCUUACUCGCAAGCUACCUCCUGUGAAAUACAAAACCCCCCAGGGGGGAUCUAAUGGUAGAGUAUCCAUUCAGAGGAAUCUUGGGACUUUUUGUCGACCAUGGGUGUUGUUAUGCACGUGAUCUGGGGCUAGUUUAGUGUCUUUUUUAAAAAGAAAAAGAAAUAGCUUGCAUGAGAAAAGAAAUCAACACUGGUACACAAAUAUGACCAAUGUGACUUCACGUGAAAAUUCUCGGUAGGCUUAUUUGCUGGUCAAAGAGAGAGAUAGCUACUAGCCCACGUUCGAUAUAUUAAAACUCUAACACAACUCCGAGGCUGCAGGGACGAAAUUGCAAACUUUCCACUACUCCAUUGCCUUGCAAUU